AAUAAACGUGAAUGUCCCUAGAUGAGUCUGCCGAUAUUAUCGAUCGAUGAUAAAUCAAUUUAUGCUAUCGUAUCGUUGAUAUUUUUUGAUUGUGUUCGUGUCAGUCACCGGGAUCGGUUAAUUUUCUCCAGCCAAUUAGUGGAGUUGUUACUGCUCGUUCACCCUCACUCAUACCUCGUGACAAUCCAACGGAUUGAGGAAUUGUCACGGGCAAUUGUGGAGAAUCCUCGACGGUUGGGAGCCGGGAAUGUGUGGGCGAGAGGCUGCUGGCGUCGUUUCUUUCGACGAAACAAUGAUUCACCUCUACGUCACAACAACCGGGUGAUGAGGAAAGAAGAGGAGCAACCGGAGGAUGAUGCACUGGAGGAGGACCGACAUCCGAGCAAGUUUUAUCCUCAAAACAUGGGACUCCGGUACUGAUGAUGAGCUUUGAGGAGCAUUGAGCGACUCGUUAAAAUGUAACGACAUUGUUGGGUUAAUGUGUGAGUCUUUUAAACGGUUCCUUCAGGCUCCCACAGUAUUUCCUCCCAGUGCUCACUCUCCAAGUUUAUUACCUUCUUCACCUGUCGACUCUCCGACAUUCGUCAUUUUUUCACAUCCAACAAUAGCUCCCAAUUUAUAGAAAGUAUGCCUCUACACAAUGUGUAUAAUAGGCAUUCGAAAAAUACAUAUGUUAUAUAUAAUUUGUUUAGAUAUACUGAAAAUAUACACACCGCAUAUAGUUUAUAUAUUUAAAAAAGAGUACUGGUGAGAUAAAAAGUAUUUAGCAUUUACAGAGCUCAAAGUUUUACUCUGAAAUUUUUGGGGAACUGAUAAUAUGAAAAACAUGGAAUUCCUUUUUAAUGCAUUUUUGAACUUUAUUUUUAAGAAAAAUCAGUGCAAUUUCGCAUGAUCGUCCCAAUAUUAAUAUUCCAUUAAAAAUUCAAAUAAAUUGAAGAAUCUCUUGUUUAUAGUUAUUUCGUUAUUGCAUUUAGUGUUGGUUCUAAAAUACAGACAGUUACGAGUCCACAAAAUUCCAGUUUUUUUGUUCAAGUGUUCUUAAACAUUGAUUCAAAUUGAAAUCUAUCGAUUCGAGAUGGAAAUGUGGGGAGACUUUUUGGACUUGAUUCAGUUUCCAACAAAAAAGUUAUUUAAUAUUUCCCUUCUAAUCAGAAUAGUUAUCGAGAUCAUAUUCAGCGAAACUGUAAGAUUUUACUUUUCAUUUUACCACCGCAUUGAUGAAAUUAUCAUUUUUUGAUGUGCGGGUUGUAAAAAU